AUCCCGUAGCGUAUUUGCACUGCGAGAGUGUGGCAUAUUCAUUUUAUUCCUCCGUUUUUUGGCACCGUAGCAGCCAACUCUUGUUCCAUACAGUCUUUGUAUUGUUGCAAUCCUAUCGAAUUCUGGCGAAUUUAGGCGCAAACGACGGAAAACCUGGUAUCGUACAGCGAGCAGACGGAAAACGGCAACGUUUUGGCCGUUUCCCUCCGGUGCCAGAGCCUUUCCGCCGAGCCCGUCGGAGUGUGUUGUCGUCCCGAGCGCCGUGUUGCCCCUUGCUGCUGCAGCUGAAGCAUCAGCGCCAUCUCGACAACCCCACGGUGUAAAAGGUGUCCCAUUUGUUGUGUGCUCCGCCGUGUGGCACCAUCGCCCUUACCGUUGCUCGCAGCAGUGUUUGGCUUUACAAACCUUCACCUGGGCCGGAAGACGACAGACGGCAGCCAUCAACGAGCGCGACCCUCCGCACAGGAAAAGCGUAAAUUCGUGCACCCGGAACGGGCCUUUGCAGCAAAGUUUGCAAUCGGUGCAAACAAAGCCAACGCAAGAACGCACCGCAGUGGCAUCAGAUAGCUCGAAUAGACAAGACAGGGCAGGCGGAACACGGUGAGAAAGGGAGGGAGUGUUUUUGUGUGCCUGUGUGGAAAAUCGAGUGAAAGUGCGUAAUCGUGGUGCCACCCAUUGACAACGCCAUUCGGUGGAGCUGUCAUCGAAUCAUCAACGAGCAGCGUAAAUCACCGCCUUCCGUGGAGUCAAAACAGACACCUCGAGAGAUUGAACCUCGCGGUGUGUAACAUCGGCCUUUAGCACGCGUGUGUUUGCUGGCAUGGUCCAGGGUGGUCAAGUGCGUGAGCCACGGGUGUACAGUUAAUACCAACCGAACGUCGUCUUCCACGGGCACAGCAAACUGGCGAGCGAGAUAAGCGCGGCAGAACGAACAAGCAGUCGAAAUAGACAGAGACACCGAAGGUUUUCCUCCAAGCUCGCACACCAGCAGCAGUAGCAGCGGCGGCAACAGUCCCCCCCCCCUCGAAGCAAAGGGAAAGUCACGCGCGUCACAUUGACAGCGUGUGCGUUGUAGUGUGCGGCGAUAUAACUCUCUUGCCACGGCAACGGUGCCAAUAGUUGAAGCACCAGCAGCAACAACAACAACAACAACACUAGCAGCAGCAGCAUACAGCCCCACAGAGUGAGCGUGUGGUUUUUUUUGCUUCCUUCACCAUCGUCGUCGGUUGUUCGUGCGUUGAGUGUCGGUUAGUGGUUACAUAAAAGAAUUGACUUCAGAAGACACACACGGCAAGACGGUAAGAAACCGCCGCCAAGUAGUUUCGGGACGGAAAGCGCGAAUAAUUGAUCCCGCUAGAAGACAUCGAAUAUACCGACAGAUAACGUUUGGUGCAGCGAGUGCAUUUAGCGUGCACCAGUGAGCGUGUAAGUGCAUGUGCAAUCGUACGCGCGAAAGAGAAAGAUAGAACGAGGAAAACAAAAAGACCAACUCUCGCCGUGAACCUCAGACACUGUGUACGUGUGUGUGUGUGCGUCAAGUGAUUCGCCGCGAAGAAAAAGCAUCGAAAGCAUCAAUUGCGAAUACAUUUUAUUGCUUUAAUUGUGUGUGCACACCAAACGACGCCCAAAGGACAUCCGUGUGUUUGUGUGUGUUGAACUCGGGACAAAGGACAGAAAAAAAACGAAAACAAAACAAGACCGAAAAGGGGAAAAUUAGCUUCUGAUCAGAGAUCACCAUUCCCUGUCACGAUCGAGCCCCAGCUAGCCAAUUGAUUCAGCGAUCACCAGCGUGCGUGAGAUAGUGUCUGUGUGUGUGUGCAGCGAGCAGCAGAGCGAAGGGAGAAAACGUCUCCCGCGCAGGAAAAGUUAGUCAAAAUUCCAGUCCCGACGCGAAGCCAUAGAGAAGGCUCCUCCUUGAGCCGCUCGAACGAUCAUAGCGAGAUGAGCCGGCGCAACAAAACUCGCCCAGGGCCGGCCAGGUCCCAGCGGCAACGUUCGAUUCAAGCCGAAGGCAUUUACAACAAUGCACCGUUCAUGCAUGCAGCCACAUCACACGUAGGCAAUCUCGUCCAGAUCCAGACGCCAGCCGGCCACACAUACGAAGGAGUGUUCAGAACAUUUUCCUCACAGUUUCAGGUUGUGCUGGAAAUGGCACAUCGCGUUGAGAUUGGUCCCGACCAGAAGCCAAAAAUUAACGUCGACACGUUCGUGGACCGACUGAUUUUCAAACCGCACGAUAUCGUCACGAUCGUGGCAAAGGACGUCGAUCCGGAGGACGCUACGAGGGACACGUUCAAAACCGAUACGGCUAUUUCGCGUUGCAACGGCACGAACUGGUUGGAGGAUCGCGUGCUGGAACCGUGGGACGAAAGUGGCGACCUGAACGGUGAAUCGCUCGAGCAGAGCCUCGAGCUCGACUCGAACGCGGAUGGGUGGGAUGUGAAUGAUAUGUUCCUGAAGAACGAACAGGUGUACGGCGUGCAAUCGACGUUCGACCAGUCCCUGUCCGGCUACACGGUGCAGAUUCAGAAGAAAGACAGCGAAGAGUUUAAGGUGCAGGAGCAGGAGGCGGAAAAGAUCGCCAACGAGAUAGAGAACAACCCGGUGUACAAGGAGCGCAUCGAUAUCGAGAACGGUGACGAGGAGGCCGCCUUUGCCGCCGUCAUCCGCCCGAACAGCAACAACAGCCCGCAGCCCGCCGCCGGCGGCGUUGCGGAUAAGAACUCGAACAGCGUCAGCAGCAGCAGCAGUAGCACUAGUAGUAGCAGCGGCAACAGUAGUAACGCAGCGAACAGUAAUAGUAACGGAAACAAUAACCUAGCGAGCAAUACGAACAAUUCGACCAACAACAACAGCAGCAGCAACAGCAGCAGCAGCAGUAGCACGGGUCAGGCGAUGCCCUCGAGCACGAAGUACGUCGUGCCGGCCAAGCGCAAACCCGGCCAGGCUGGCAAGCUGGUGCGAAGCACCCCUCCUCCCUUGGCCAACAGUAAUAAUAAUAACGGAGGCCCACCAGUAGUGACGACACAGCAGCAGCAGCAGCAGCAGGUGCAGGUGCAGCAACAACAGCAGCCACCAAGCCCGCAGGCUCCGCACAAAAACAGUUACGGACAGAUGAUGUCCCAGCAGCAGCAGCAGCAGCAGCCUCCGCCAGGCAGUCAGCAACACGGAGGCGGUGCUGGUGGAGGUGGUAUGGGUCAUCCGCAGUACGGAAUGCACCCGAACCAAUCGCCUUACGGGCACGUGCCGCACCAGCAGCAACAGCAGCAGCCUCCGCCGCAGCACGGCCAGCCGCCGGUAAUGAACUCGAAUAAGAUGAACGGCGACGGGCGGGGCGAUAUGGGCGGUGUCCCACCCGGCGGUGGUGGUAGUGGCAAUAUGAAUGUAAAUAGCAACCAAAAGCCUCUUCCACAGCGGGGAGUUCGCCAGUACGCGAACGCACCGGCACCGAUGACGUACAGUGAGCCGCCGCCAUCGCUUAACCCGCAGCAAAUGGGUGGCCAGAUGCAGCCCAUGUCUACAAAGCCCCCGAUGCACCUGGCGCAUCCGCAUCACGCCGUUGUGCCGCCGCACCUGCCGCCACCAACGGUGGUGCCGGCCGAGCACGUCGUGAUGCAGCAGCAUUCGAUGGCGAUGCCGCCGCCCGUUCAGCAGCAGCAGCCACCGCCGCCCCAACAGCAGCAGCAGCAGGCUCAGGUGCAGGCGCCACCGCCCCAACCCCAGCGCACGGUUGUCGUCCGAAAUCGGGACAUGGAAAUCGACAAUCUGCGCAAAUUCAACCAAGACUUCAAACUGGCCCCUCCGCAGCAACAACCGCCCAUGCCAAAUGUUCACCAGCAGCCGCCUCCUCCGGCGCCGCAGCAGCAGCAGCAACAGCAGCAGCAAGGACCACCCUCGCACAACGUCGUGGUGCAGCAGGCGCCACCUCCCCAGCAGCAACCCGACCACUCGACGCCACCGUCGCUGGACAGUUCGCCCCCGCUGGUCAACAGUCAGCAGCAGGGCAAGAUGGUGGUACCAUCGCCCCACAGCGAGCCACCGCCCCAGCAAGCGCCACUGAAUCAGCAGCAAAAUCAAGCCUCCCAGACCGCCUCGGGUAUGGUGGUUGUGCCGGCCCAGCUGGCCUCCCAAUCGCCGCACCUUGUGCAGCAGCCGCCGCCACCGGUCGUGCAGCAACCGCCACCGCAGCAAGGCCAACAGCCGCCAGUAGUGGUCGGCGGUGGCUCGCCGCCCCAGGCCCAGCAGCAGCAACCGAAUCACGUCACCCCUACCGGUGCCCCUGCAACCGGCCCUGGCAGUCAAAAUGCGGCCGCCGGCAGCACCGUUCCGUCGGGCGGUGCACCGAACGGCAAUGCGAACGGUGUCGGUACUCCGGACGGAACGUCCGCGAACGGAAAUGCGAGCGGGGAGCCGAAACCUGGCACAGCCACUAAGAAAGUGUUCACGUUGAACCCGGCGGCGAAACCGUUUACGCCGCGCAGUCCAAGCACUCCCAAUCCGUCACGCCAACCAACCACUAACAGUAACAUAAGUAUCAUUAAUGGUAAUCCUUAUUUCGCACGCCCACUGAAAAGUCACACGUCUUCUAGCCCGCACACACCACAAACGCCGGGCCCGGCUGCGAUAACCCAGGGCUCGUACCAGCAGUCACCGCACGUCAUUCCGCAACAGUUCGUGACGUACGUGGUGAAUCCGUCCUCAUUCCAAACCGCCCAGCAGCACCAGCAAGUGGCCCAACAGACGCGCAUCCGCAAUGGCCGACAAGGUAGCUACCGGAAUGACAUUUUUCCAGUCGGUGCAUCGCAGAUGCAGGUAGCGGCCGCAACUGGGCAGCCACUGCUGGCGCCUAACCCGCUGCAAAUAAUGUCUCCGUACGGGCCCGCGAUCCACGCGCAACCCUUCCAGGCGGCGCCACCGUUCCAUCAGCCGUACCGCUUCUACGAAACGCCCCAGCCGGGCCAGAUCCAGUAUCUGGCCGCGACCCCGCCAUCCACGACGCCCUCGCCCGGCCAGCCGCACCAGCAGUACCAUCCGGGUCCGCAGCCUUCGCCGGCUGGCGGUGGCCCACCGACCUACCAGACGGUGCACCAUCAGCAACCGACACCGUACCCGAUCCCGGUCCCCAUCGUACAGCAGCAGGUAGUGCCGACGCUCUACCAAAAUAUGCAGUCCGCACCGCAACAGAACCACCACCAGCAGAACCUGCACGUGAUGCACGUGGCCCAGCACCCGUCGGCGCAGUAGCAUAAGUUCUCCGCUGGUGCGCCCGGUACCAAUGGGUACCCUCCGCCCCAUCCGUCGUACGCAAAGGUGUUGAAGAACUAGAGCGCAUACGCGAACGGUACGCAAGGCUGGCAAAACAAAGAGUGCGGCGGAGGUCGUCCCAUCCGCUGCUGCGACCCUUAGACAUUUAAUGGCACAUUGAAAGCGUACUGCGCAAAGAAAAGGGAAGACAAAAUAAAAUAUACAAUCUGAAAGCCAUGCAAAAGGGUGAACAAGAACAAACGAACUGAAUUAUAUAUGUAUAAAUGGUCUAACGGAAGCGCGGUUAUUACUACUUUAAGGCAGUGAGACGCCGAAUCGCGUUCUGCUGAAUAUAGGCAAAUGUUUACACGAGAAACGGGAGAAACAGAACGAGCGAAACUGUUACACUACUGCUACCGGGGAAUAUAUUCCCGUCAUCCAAUACUCCUGAGUCGCUCGAUUAACCGGUAUUGCUGGUUGCAUGCUCGUGGGCUGCCAUCGUGUACGCGUACAAUGAUGCCUGCGUUCAUCACUUUUACUAUAUACCAUCUGGAACGAGCUGCUUUCCGUCACGUAUGCAAGCAGUUGUGUGGUAAAUUGUUUGGAUUAAGCUGUUGUUUUAGUAGUUUCAUGUGUUUGUUCUACCAUCAUAAUUUGUGACAAUGACAUUCCCCUUUUCUCUAUGGCGAAGGCAUAUUUUGAGUCGUUUCAAACAUGCCAUUAACCACAUCCAUGGAUAGUGUUAUGUUGUGAGCACUGGUUUUGAAAUUUUAUGUGUGCGCUUCAUGGCGUUUCUGACGGGUGUGUAUUUGUUUGUGAGCACGUACAGUGAAGCUCUGCGAUCAGGAAAGUGUUUCGGUAAUGAUUGAAAUGAGCGCAUCUCGUGUGUUUUGCUGACAUGGCGAUUUCCGGAUCGUUUCUAACGGUGCGGUAAAUAUGAACAGAUUGUAGAGCAGGCUCUCUUAGCCUUCUUGAUAAGUAGAUCUUUUGGGGGAGAGGCAAAAACUACUUAGAAUAUUUCUAAACUGUGCUGGGUGGGCACGGAACAGCAAGACGAGUACGGUGGUAAACAUAGGCACACACACACUUGUUUGUUGGUCCUUUUCUUUCGCAGUAGAGGAAUGAAGUUGUCUGUAUUCUUUUUGCUCAUAGUCGAACAAGUAAAUAUUAUACACUCAAUCAUAAGGAAAUGUUGUAAGAAAAGGCAAGAAGGGAGACUGCAGGUGUGGUACGAAACUGCAAACAGUUGAAAUGUGAAAAUUGUGUAUCAUAUAACUGGUUGAGGGUAAGGGUAGUCUAAUCAAUAGGAUCCCGAUAGGAUGUACAUGAGGGAGAAUGUAAAAGCGGCAGCAAUGGCGAGUGAAGUACGCAUUUCUGUGUAACCGACCUAGCCCCAAACAUGGCAUAGAUCGCGCGUUGAUUUUACAUAGGUGUGUAAAGAACGGCACCAAGAACAUUGUUGAAGGUGAAUGAUAGUAGCCAUUGAAACAAUUUGACGUAGGCAAGGACUCGGGACGAUAACUUAACAAGAAAAGAAAAACACACUCACACACGAUACAUGCAUUCGUAUCUUAGCAAAGUAAUACAUUAUUAGAUAAAUCAAAUUAAUCUUAAUAGUGAGGAAGGAAACAAGUUGGGAAAGAAGUAGUCGGGCAAGACAAGGCAGAAUCGUUAGGUUGAUCGUAUGCAAGAAUGAUUGUAGUGCAAGGAUGCACACGCUGAAAUCUCUUAGGUGUAAAAAAUGGGUGUGGACACAGCUUGAAUGAACGGUGUAUUGUGUGAUUGUGACAAGAACGGUUAUGUUUUAUGCUGAAGUGAAGAAUCUAGAGCGACAAUUCUUCCGUAAACAAUGGAAAGACUAGAAAAAAGGCAAACCUUUUGGUAAUUAUCAAAGAGCUAAAAAAUGAAGAAGCAACCUUAAGCAAGCCAACAAAGCAUUAGGUGGAGAAGUAAAUGUGUGUGAAAUGAAAGGAUAAUGAAGAAAAUCACAAUUAUCGCUAAGGGAGCAUCUACAAGGUGAAUGCGACUCCGUUGGAAGAAACUGCGAAUGCGUAACACGUAGCCAAUAAAUAUAAUUUAUUGAAUGUCCCAAUUUUUUGGGCAAAAACCACGAAAUGCGAGAGACACGUCAUGUAGUUAGUAGCCAAACAUACUCACGAAUGGAAGAAAAUGGCGUAGUGAGCUAAAAACUGAGGGGGAAAACAUCUGACUUCCUUCCUCAUCUAACAUGUGUACGUCUUGCAAACUACAAUUAGACCACACACAUUAGCAAUAAAAUGUAGAGCAACAAACUAGUAUUUAGCUAGCUACAAGGACUUGCAUUGUGGUAAGGGCGAUGAAUAGGACGACGCAAGUGACGAUACUAGCGCAAGAUACAACAGUGAUGAACCACUAACUAGGAUAAUGGCGUGAAGACAGCGAUACAGUUCGGUGCUAUUGAGGAGUAAUGAAAAAAGAAUGUAAAUUCUACAAAAUAUCAAAAUAACAGGCAACCGUUGCGCGAUUGCAAGAAUGCUGAUGAAUUGCAGGCACGUGCAAGACUAUUCAAACAUGUUAAACAUGUUGGAAAGCAAGAGAACAAAAAAAAUAUACAUAGAUCAUAACUAGAAGCCCAAGCAAAGGAAAAGGGGCUUAAAAGACUCAAUCGAGAGAAAGAGAAAGAGAA